AUGACCAAGAUCUCCGAAACCGUCAAAGCCGACCACAAGCUUAUUACCGAGCUGUAUCAUGCCAUUCGCGGCGCCGAACCAGAGGAUCGUCACUCGCUGCGAAACAAGUUCAUCUGGACGCUUGAUCAAUACCUCAUCGUCGAAGACCUGGUCGUAACACCGGCACUCGAGGAGCACCUUUCAAAGCACGGCGACAAGCGACGCCAGAGGCUGUCCGAUGACUUUGAAAGUAUAAACGCCAAGCUCAGACACAUGCUACAGUUCGAUCCCGCUGAAGAAAGCUUCAACUCGUCCCUGCUGGCCAUCUGGGUGGACCUAGAACCGCACGUCUACGAGGAGGAGAAAAGCGAUCUCCAUCGGCUGGAGGAGAACUUGUCCGAGACCGUGUCGACCGAGCUCAGCAACAAGUACAACAGGAUCAAGGAUAUGUUGCAGAAGCCAUACGGCAAGGACGGAGCACCGGAUUCCAAGAUCCUGACGGCCGUUUUGGAGAUGCCGAGACAGGAUUUGAUUGUUAAGCUUGGGUUGACAGAGUAA